AUGUCAUCCGUGUGGUCGACAUUUGCAAAGACGUCUUAUACCAGUCGCCGCGCACCAGUGCUCGGCACUUUCGGUGUAGACAAGCUCGAGCAAAUUGCACGCGAGAAGCUCAAAGAAUCCCCAGACGCAUUCCUCUAUGUAUUCGGCAGCGCAGGUACAGGCUCUACAAAGGAAGAGAACCGCAAGGAAUUUGAAAGGUGGAAGAUCGUACCACGCGUGCUGCGGAAUGUGGCGGGUCGCAACAGCGAGACGACACUUUUUGGAGUGAAGUACCCAUCUCCGCUACUCUUUGCGCCCGUAGGAGCACAGGGUAUUGUACAUGCCGAUGCUGAAGAAGCCAGCUCUGCCGCAGCGGGCAAGCUCGGUGUUCCCUUCAUCAUGAGUUCUGCAUCGACGCGCUCUAUCGAAGCCGUCGCGAAAGCAAAUGGGUCCGGGCCACGCUGGUUUCAGCUGUACUGGGGCAAGACGAACGACGUGAUGCACUCUCUUAUCACCCGCGCGAAGACGAAUGGGUUCAGCGCGAUCGUCUUCACCGUCGACUCGAUGAUGAUCGGUUGGCGCCCGUUCGAUCUCGACACGGGGUACUUGCCGUUCGGGCACGGCGUCGGUGCGCAAGUCGGGUUGACAGACCCCGUGUUUAUGCGUAAGGUGGGACUGGACGUGUUCCCACCGGAUGCAAAGCCCGAGUUCCCGUAUGUAGCUGCGCGCCAGGACGAGCUCAUCGCACAGGGAGACAAGGCCGCCACCGACAGCCUGAAGGCGGGGCAGGCGUUUGUUGGCGAGAUGCUUGACCCGGCAAAGGUAUGGGAGGACCUCGCAUACCUGAGGAAACACUGGGAGGGCCCGCUAAUCAUAAAGGGUGUCCUUUGUGCUGAGGAUGCGGAGCUAGCUAUCAAGCACGGAGCGGACGGCAUCGUCGUGUCUACACACGGUGGUCGCCAAAUCGACGGCUCGAUCUCGUCCCUACUCGGCCUGCACCAGAUCAUGCAGAGCCCGAUCGUGCGAACCGCACAGGCGGAGGGACGAUUCACCAUCCUGCUUGACUCUGGGGUUCGCACCGGCAGCGACAUCUUCAAGGCUCUGGCGCUCGGUGCGCAGGGUGUCCUGUACGGCCGCCCGGUCAUGUACGCGCUCGCGAUAGCGGGCCAGGAGGGCGUAGAAGCCCAGGUCCGGACCGUCCUUGCCGACUUUGAGAUCACACUUGGGCUGGCAGGAUAUGCGAGCGUUGAUGAGCUACGCAAGAACGGAGAGAAGGCGCUUGUACGUAUUUAGAACGCUGAUGCAUAUGCAUAUGUAUGGAACGCAGCGUCGCAGGUUGAGUCGAUGAAAUCGUCAUGUAUUACUAUGUAUUUACUUGCAAUCCGAUCUGGGUGCAUCUAGACCUCACAGAUGCCAUUAAAA